UCGAAAAAGAAUUUAGUGUGCCCAGUCCUGAUGACGAACCUCAAUACGACCCGAUGGUCGAUGCCGAGAUCGUAACUGCUGGAUCGUCCGAAGAGGACAUCAGCGACGAGGAGGGCUCAUCUAAAAGCGCAGAUGAUUGAUCUAAACGCACGAGAGUACAGGGCAACCACGCCUCUAGAGCUUAUCGCCAGACUUGCCAAAAUCACGGCACAGGAUCUUCCUGUUGCUCAAGUUCCUAGUGCUUCAGAAGCUAAAGAAAAUAUCGUGGACGGUGUGGAAAACUCGCAGAUCUCCGCUCCAGUCAUCCCACCAGCACAUUUGAUCCCAGGGCAACAAAUUCCUUCUGCGACGCACCAAGAUGUCGAGCCCGAUCUUAUAACACCAAAGCAAGAGCAAAUCGACGAAGCAGAGACAGCCACUAUCCCACCAGUUCAAACUGCAUACAAGCAGCCAGAGCCCGAGCGAGUCGUCGAAUCUGCCGAGAUCGAUCAGGACGAGGAUGUCGAUAUGGAUGGCAGUGAUGACUUGGACUACAUCACGCCUGAGCCCAAGCGAAGUAUUGAGUCGAUCACAUUACCUUACCUGGCGAAAUCACCCCUCACUCCCCUUUCCGAUUUGGGUGCUUUCCAUGAGAAUGUUGCACGUCUGAAUGCUGCAAAGCCGGCCUUGAUCGCUCACUAUCAGUCACAGGCAGAAGAGGAAAAGUCUCUGCAAAAAGGCAUACAAGAGCAGUACCUUGAGAAAUACCGUGCUUGGAAGCUAGAGACUCAGCUUCUCGAUCGCGAACGAGCAAGCAAGGAGUCCGUGGAGAGACAGAUGUCUGUCGAGCUUGGCCUCGACAUAGAGUCAAGUCCUGUUCUCGAGAAUCCCAUCUCCGAAUCUCGUUCCAGGCUACACAAGUUCAGUAGCGAGUACGAUAUCCAGCAAGUGCUGAAACAGUCAGAAGAGACUGCUAGGCUCGAACAAGAGAAGGUUGAGCGCGAAUCUAGGCGUGCUCAGAUCGAUCUCGAAAAGGAAGCUAUUCCCCCAGAGAUGUGGGACGAGGCAUCAAAGGAGAAACGCAUCUUCAAGAACAUGAACCGCUUCAGAGAGCCCAGUUGUCUUACGGAGAUCUAUGGGUACGAGCCUGAAUUUGACACGUUCACAGAGACUGAGCACAAACGCUUUGUGGAGCUUUUUAAGGAAAGGCCCAAACAAUGGGGCGAAAUCGCUGCUCAGCUACCUGGUCGUUCAUACGCUGAUUGUAUCCACCACUACUACAAAUACAAGUGGGACGGUCGUUUCAAGGAGAAGGCCAAGCGCAAAGCUAAAGCUGGUGGGCGUCGUGGUGGCAAGACGGGUACUCGAGCAAGAGCGGCUCCGCUCAUGGCUGAUCUCAGCAAAGGGGAAGAAGACAGCUCUUCUGGACCGAUGCUUACCGAGACCGGUCGACCGAGACGUGCAGCCACUCGUACUGCUUACACCGCUGAGAAGGAUCCUGAGAUCAAGACAGCUGCUGCUUCGGCUACUGCCGCUAAGAAAGUGCUCGCACCUGGUGAGAUCGCUUCCGAGAAGCCAGCAAAGAGACGCAAGACAACUGCGGCUGGAGAGAAGCCACAAAAGAGAGGUAGACAAACACUAGUCUCGACUUCCAACUCUGUCACCUCGCCUGCUGGGAUCGAGAAGGAAGUCAUCCCUAGCAAGGAAGACCUCGUACGAGCAAAACAACUGGAAGAUGCCGCUCUCCUCGCUGGAAUAGGUGGGCAUAGGAUCAUGCCUGGUGUUCAGCCCAUCGAGUAUACGCAUGAACCCUUCCAACCUCAAGUCGCGCCAGAUAGUACGGAGCGGACUCGUGCUCCUGCGCAGACAUCUUCUAUGCAACGAUCUAGUGCGUCGAGCUACUGGUCUGUGCCAGAACAGACAGAUUUUGUCAAGUUCAUCGCCCAUUUCGGUACAGACUUCGGUGCUAUCGCCAACCACAUGGGCACGAAAACCCAGACAAUGGUCAAGAAUUAUUACCAAAGACUAGUUGAGAGUGGAAAUCGUAACGAUGUUGUUGACGCCGCCAAUGUUGCCAAUGCUCGUCGUGACCGAGGAGAGGAUAUGGGCAUUCCGCCGACACCUACUCCAAUCAACAAAAGGCGCUAUGAUAAUCCCGGACCAGCUCUUCCGAGGACAGCUUCUGGAUCGCAGGGUGAAGUUAUGGAUAUCGACCCUGUGCCUUCCUCGCAGCCGUCAACAAUUCCACAGCCUUCGUCGCAAUUCCAGCAUCAGUACAGGUUCUCCAUGGCUACGCAGCCCACUCCCGCGCCCCCUCAAAGAGCUGCUCCAACUCCGCUCCAACCACAUGGUUCUCCUGGCAUGAGCAAAGCCGGUUUGCCAUCACAGUCGCGCGCUAGCACGUCGUCUUCAGGUCCGAAGAUGGGCUUCUUCUCAGAGGCUCGUAUGGAGAGGCGUCCUACGUUGCAAUCUUCAGAACGUCCAGCGCAACAGCCGUCGCCCUCACUCAUGCACCAACAACAGCCAACGCCACCUGGACUUAUGCAUCAGAACUUGUCACACCUGACCUCAGAAUUUGUCAAGAACCUUAAGGAGGAACAAGAACGCGCGCUAUCAAUUCAAAAGCGUGCUUCUCAGGAGCAUGUACCACAAGUCGUUCAGCAUUCAAUGUACCAGCCACUCGCUGCUCAGACAUCUGCACCUACUGGAAGUCCACAAUUAUCCAUGCUGGACAGACCUAUGGAAAGAGAAGAGCGUUCUGGCACCCCAGGUAUGCCUCCUCUCGCACACCCUCGCGCCGGUCCUGCUAUGUUCAGAAACAUUUUGGGCUCUCCUGGACCGAUUCAAUCUCCUGCCAUCACGAUGCAUCCACCAUUCAGAUCAGCUCAAGUACCGUCGCCUCCAAAGCAAGAGCAGCCGCUUUACAGGCCUGGCUCCGUACCAGCACCGUCGCCUGCUGCAUCGGUCGUCAAGCCAGCCAUGUCUCUGACUGCAGGGCCUCCUACUGAGCCACGUAAGACGUCAAACUUGGCCUCUCUCCUUAAUUCUGAGCCAGAAGAGCCUCGCCAGAAGAAGAGAGUCAAUGAACAGGGAGCUACACCACUCGCACAAUCGCCCACACCUUCAACACUGAGCGUGGCGCCAUCUGGACCGAGCUCAACAAUUUUCCCUCCCAGAAGAGAGGUGUUCAAUCAGACACCCGUGUCUAGACAAGAGUAUGAAGGGCGUUCGAUGUACAACCAGCCCACAUCUCAUGCGCCCACGUCCGCAGCCCAGCACGAGCUCAUGACUGGCAGAUCAGGCACGCCACUUGGCUCAAGACAACCUGAGUGGCAGUCACGACCACCGAUGGGUCAGAAUCUGGCUUCUAGCUCACCUCACCCACCCGCGCCUCUCGAGCGUGAUGUCCGCCCAUAUUUCUCGCAUCGCGCCAACUUGGGCAAUUUGAACCCGCAGUCAAGAACAAAUCCAUCGCCGCCGCCAGGCGCUCAUCCUUACAUGAACCACUCGCGGACGCCCUCGAUUGGCGGCCGUCCCAUGACACCAAGUCAGUUGCAAUCUCAGGGUCCAGCUGGCAUGUCACACAUGGCCCAAGCUCAGCCGCAACUCAUGCAGGGCAACCCAUACUCGCAGGGGCACGGUGGUCCGUCGCACAUGCAGCAGCAAAUGCAAACUCAUCAGCAGAACCAGUAUGGCCACCGUCAUAACAGCUCCGGUGGUUCGUCACAUGGAGGCCUUCAUCAGAGACAACCAAGUCGUGGUGAAGAGAUGAGCAUGCUAAGACAACACAGCAGCAACAACAACAGCAACAACAGCAGCAGGAACAGCAACGUUAUGCUCAACACCGUACACCACAACCGUACCCGCAGCAGCCUUUGCCAGGAGCACCGCCUCCUGCACUCUCAUUGCGGGAACAAGCUCGCAUCGAGGCCGAACAAAGUUACCGCGAUGCUAGACACAGGGACCAAUACGAACAGGAGAUGCAUAUCAGACGUAUUCAGGAAGAUGAGGAGAGGAUGAGAUAUGAAUACCGAAACCCAAGUGGUAUGAUGGGAAGAUCUUCAGCGAACGGAUAUGGAGGAGGAUUUCCACCACCUCCGCAUAGGAGAUGAACAGAGGUGACCAGAAAUUUCUCAUUU